ACGCAGUACAAGUUGAUCGCUCUUUCAACCUACACAUUUGUUCUCAUUCGCUGCAGUUUUUUUUUUGUUUCUAAGUUUCUUUAUUUUUUAAAAUUUCUUUAAGUUUUUAUUAUUAAAUAAUGUGAUAAGUUGUUAGCUAGUGUUUUGUGUGUAUCGUGACUUGAAAAUUUACUUAAAAAUUCCAAAAAAUUAGUAUCUGCUGAAUAAUAAAUUUCUGGAAAAUCAAGUGCAAAAAAAUUAUUAAUGCGAAACAAACAUCAAAAUUGAGAAUUCGAGUGACUGUCUCUCAUUUUUUAAAUAAUGCUCUCUCGUUGUGUUGUAGUUAUUGCCUAUAUAGGAUUAAGUUUAUCAACAAUUGCUGUCCUGACAGCUAUUGUCUCGAUUUACAACCUUGAUCAAUACAUCACGACAACAUACACGCCAAAGUCGGAGGAAGCAUUUCUCUACUAUAAAACAGCUGGAUUAAUAUUCCUGACUGCCUUUGCUACAGUUAAUUUUCUGAAUCUUGCAUCAUGCAUAUCAUUAAUAGUAGGAACACUCCAGAAGAAAAAGAACUGCUUACUACCAUAUCUUGUGCUUACUUCUCUAUACAUAAUUUUGUAUUUAGGACUCGGAUCGUGGUUUUUCAUGAAGACUGAGAAUGAUGCCUUAAGAAAUGGCAUUGUAACAAUCGUUGUUUUUGCUAUCAACGUUUAUUGUUUAAUCAUUGUUACAUCACUAUAUCGUUUAUUGAAGCUACGUGAAGAGAAUUAUCCACAAUUUUUACGUGAAUCAAAUCGCCAGCAAUACCAAACGCCACAUUAUGAGACAACCUACGUAAAAAUUCCUUGAGAGGAACUGCAACACAAUUAUUCGUCAUUCAUGCGACAUUGAUAUUGAUUGCAUAUGUACGAUGAUCUACUUUUAAUGCCUCAUUAUCAUCUCCUUAACAAUAGAUGAUAAAAACAUGUAUAGCCACAAGAGAUGUGAAACGCCAAAUAAAAUAACUCAACUUGAUAUUGAUAUUUAUUAUCUCUCGCUUCUAUUUUUGUUUUACAUUUUUU